UGUCGUUUGGGGAUAAUCCAUUCUUUUGAUUUCUUCUCCAACAUUCUGAACACACAGUAAUCUGGAGAAAACUACCCCUCCAAAAUGAAAUCAAUCACCCUAAACUGCCAUCACUGCGCGCGAUUGCGCUCUGCUGUUUCAAUAAUUCCCCCAGCUAUGCGGUUUAUUACUUCGUCCUUCCCGUUUAAUCCUUCCUCACUUCGGAAUAUUCCUCAAAUUCCUCUCGUUGCAUUUGCAAAGAAGAAAAACUCUGGCUCGGAGCCAGUUUUGAGUCCUUCUAUUACUGAAGAAGUAUUUAUGGAUGACGACCUAGACGACGACAUUCUGCUUCAUGAUGAGUUGCUAGAUGAUGAUGGUUAUUUUGAUGACGAGUAUUUUGAAGAAGAGGCUGAACCAUCGGUAGGGGAUGGAGCUGGAGGUGGUGGAAUCUCACUUGCUGGAACAGAAUGGGAUAAAAAAGCCUUCAAAAUUGCUGAAGAAGUCUGUCUUUCAUUUGACGGGGAACUCGGUAUAUAUGCAUUUAGGACGCAGCUAAAUGCCACUAUUAAAGUUCGCAUAGAGAGACUUACUAACAAGUCUGGCUCUCCCAACAUGACAGAUAUUGAAGAUUUCACAACAGCAUAUAGAAUGCGGCUUGAUGAAGCCGAAGCUACUGGAGAUAUUCCUCAAAAUAUCUCUCUAGAGGUGUCUUCGCCGGGCGUUGAAAGGGUUGUCCGGGUCCCUCAAGAUCUCGAACGGUUUAAGGAUCGUAACUUAUAUGUGAAGUACAUAGCAGAAGUGACAGAUAGUGGUUUGUCACCGGAGGUUGAUGGCGUCUUUAGGCUUAUUUCUUACGAUACAGAAACGAGCUGCUGCACAUGGGGUUUAGCAGAUGUAAGGGUGAAUAGAGAAAAAUCUGGGAAGGGAAGGCCACUUAGCAAAAAGCAGAAAGAGUGGAGAUUGAACACUCCUUUGGAUUCACUACGGUUAAUUCGAUUAUUUUCUGAUAUGUAAAAAAUCACUCCUUUGGAUUCACAAAUGUACUUGUAUGAAAAGUUGCUUUUCGAGAUGA